UUCAGCCACAGCGACCACAAAUCAUCGCGUGGAGAAUGCAGUCGUGUUCCACUCCUGAUCGCCAUGGCUACAGCGUGUGCUUUUCACCAUUUCAGCCAAACCAUUUAUUGUUGGCCACAAGUCAGCUUUAUGGUUUGGCUGGUGGUGGCACACUAUUUCUGCUGAAGCUGCCUUCUACAACCGAUGGCAAAGGCUUAACUCAACUUAGCCGCAUGGAGUGGUCUGAUGGACUUUUCGAUGUGGCCUGGUGUCCGUAUGCAGAUAAUAUUGCGGCAACGGCUUCUGGUGAUGGCUCUUUGCAGAUCUGGGGCGGACUGAACCAAGACAUCGAUGCGGAAGCAACGCUUACGACGCUAACUCAGCCCUUGAUGGUUCUGCAGGAGCAUAAGAACGAGGUGUACAGCAUCAACUGGGGCGAACAGUGGAACUACCAUCAACUAUUGUCGGCCAGUUGGGAUGGCACCAUCAAGCUGUGGGACUGCCAUCGCCAGAACUCGGUUGCCACCUGUACCGGACACAGUGACCUC